AUGCAUUUCAUCAAGGCCGCCAUCUCCCUCUUUACUCUCGCCGGCUUCGCCAUGGCCCAGCAUGACCAGUCUGGUCUCGAAGCUCGUGAGGCCUACCAACAGUAUCUCGCAGAGCGCAAUGAAGUAUUCGCUCCAGGGCCCUAG